UAUUUUACAGAGACAGCUCAAAACACCUCAAGGAUAGCAUGUCUACACUCAUCUCAGAAUAUUUCAAAUUCAUUGCACUUGUCUUCAAGAAUAAGGACACCGCGAUUAUAAAUGGCUUUAUUGGUUUGGGGACAAUAAUCAGUCAAACAGCAUACAACAUCUUCGCUUUUAACUGUCCAUGUGCACCAAAGGAGAAUUACCUGUACGGCCUGGCAGCGAUCGGUGUACCCGCCCUCGCUCUCUUCGUUAUUGGGGUCAUUCUCAAUCAAAAUACCUGGGACAUUGUGUCGGAGUCUCGCAACAGAAAAUGCCGAAAACUGUCUGGCGCUGCUGCCUUUGCUCUGCUGGGCUCUGUUGUGGGUCGAGCAGCAGUUGCUCCAGUCACCUGGUCUGUGAUUUCCCUCCUGAGAGGAGAAGCGUAUGUUUGUGCUUUUAGUGAGUUUAUAGACCCCUCUACUCUGGACAAUUUCCCUCCAACUACAGACGCUCCAAAAAUCAUGGCCCGCUUUCCAUGUAAGGAUUUACCUGCUCCACUCAUGAAUUACUCAGGAGAGGUUGAACGACGGUUGAAGUAUGAAUCCCAGCUGUUGGGCUGGCUGUUGGUGGGCGUCGUCUCCCUCUCUGUCUUUCUGCUCCUCUGCCUAAAACAUUGCUGCUCUUCCCUGGGCUACCAGCAAGAAGCGUACUGGUCCCAUUACCGCUCCAAUGAAAAAGCUAUUUUCCAGCGGACGGCUGAAGUACACGCCAGAUUAAACGCUGCUAAAAACGUCAAGAGUUUCUUUGGCUUUGUGGAGAUGGAAAAUCAAGAGAAGGAGCUUUUAGAAAAGUGUCAGGGUGCCAGGAGCGUCAUUCCUAGUCUUGACUGGAACCGCAUCACAGGAGUUUACAUGUACAGAGAAAUCAAUGACGCUCCGAUGUACAGUCGCUUAAACAAAUGGGCCAAUUACACAAACGAAAACAACGAAGUCCACUGAAAAACAAAUGAACAUAUGAGGGAAACGGAGUUAGCCUAAUUAAUGCUGCGUUUAAUUCUCUAUUGGUAGCAGCAUUAAGCCAUUUGAAUCUUUCAUUUAAGUUUCAUUUUUGUUCCACCGUUAAUAAUUUAUUGAUUUAUUUCUAAGUUGUACUUCCGUUUUCUUUCUUUUUGGUACACUGAUGUUAUUGUAAAUAAUGCUUGUAGACAGCUUUUGACAGUUUAGGAACUUUUGAUAGGCACAACAGAACCCUUUUAGCUGAGUACAUUGCGUACUGUUAGAUAUGACCUUAUGGUGAGUCUAAUGUAUGAAUAACAAUGCUCACCCAGAAUGUAACGUCUUAGCUAUUACGACACACCCGCGCAUAUGCCACACUGUGAUGACCGAAGGUGCGUCAAUAGGCCUAUGUUAAAAUAUGUUAAAACACGCGGGGACAACAGCAAGAUAGAAGAGAGUUUGGUAUAGGCUAUUUAGUGGUAAAUCUGUGAUUUGAAAGAUCCAAAGAAAGAUCAGAAAUCAGAAUGGUAUAAACGAUUUUUAUUGUCAAUGUCAUAUCACCACAUGCCAAAAUCGAUUAUCAAAGUCAUUUAAAUCCGUGUUCUUCCUGUUUUAGAUAUCUUGAAAAAAUGAAAUCAUGCAAUGGGUGAAUAAUUUAUCUUACUAUUUUUUCUUUUUACAUUAUUUAAACGAUUUACAUAUUAAAAACGUCACUCUUUAAAGUUCAUAUUUCAAUGGUUUUAUAUCAUUUAGACUUUCAGUUGACUAUUUUUCAGAUUUUUUAGCACCAGUCGAAAACAAACCAGUAAUAAAAGUACGAACCACGCAAUGAUUAUUGACAUGAAUUGUUCUAUUCAUGAAUACAACAAUUUCCAUUGCAAUGACACGCUUUUCACCAGCAGAUGUCCUCAGGAUAAAACACUUCGCAUAAUCGCACCGCAAGAGUUUUGUGAACAGACUGUAGGUGGCAGUAUGGGCUUAGUGUAGACGUAGGGCGUGUCAAAUAAACAGACAACAGAAAGCAUUUACAAAAUACAUCGAAAACAUCAAAUAUGUUUUAACAACCAACAGCCUUUUAAAUCCAAGUAUAGAAAACAAUAAAACAUAUAGUUUUACUUUGGUUCCUGGAAUUAGCCUAUUUCAUCGAUGGUAGGUGGCAGAAAGUUGCUAUUUGAGUUUGCAAAAACCGAAUAAAUACAUGUGUUUUUUACUUAUAAAAAAUAAUUGUUACAAUGACAAAUAAAAAUUGUAUCAUAGCCUAUAUGUAAAUAAAUUCAUAAUGUGUCACUGACAUACUCGUUUUUUUGUAUACUUGCUCACUAUCUAUUGACAUAAGUGCAUAAUUCAUUUUUAUAAUUGCAUAACUUGCUUUUUGCAGUCACAAGAUCAC